AUGGUGCUCUUCUAUAUUCGACCUUUUGAGUGUGUCAAAGACAUCUGUAAUGACAAAGAACUUUGGAAGAUUGCUGUUAAAGUUCAUCAUAAGUGGGAUGUGAUCUCAAACACCAAACAACAUUUUGAGAUGAUUGUGUUUGAUAAAUAUGGGAAUCAUAUCCAUGUGGUUGUUCCUUCAUUGUAUAGCAAGACUUUUGACUCUCAGUUGGCUCUAAACGACACUGUUACUAUAUCAAACUUCCAAGUGCUACCCAACGAUGUUGUCUUUAAGCCUACUCAACACAAGUAUCUGUUGAAAUUUUCUGGAGGAACUACGGUUGGCGAUAGAAACAAACAUUCAAUCCCUGACAAAGUUGUUCAAGUGACUCUGUUCUGUGAUAUAAUUUCAGGAAAAUGGAAGAAGGAUGUAUUGAUAGGUAACUAUUACGGACAAAAAUAUCCAUUGUCUGUUUCAAACACUUGCAAUGUUACUAAAUUGUAUAUCAAUGAUGAUUUGAAACUAAUCAAAGACUUCAUGAAUAGCACCCCAAAGGACUAUUUGGCUAUUAGGACCACACAACUUGGUUCCCAAUCUCAAGUGUGGUCACAAAACUCUGGAAGCUCCUACCUAACCCCUUACCAAAAAUUCAUGGCUAAAUCUAUUGUCCUUCCUUUGAAGGGAAUUAAGGAACUAAAUAUUGAUACUUUUUGUAUUACUGUUGCCAAAAUUAACAAGCUGAUAGCAUCCAAGUACGGAUGGUACUAUCAAGCAUGCCAUCAGUGUCCUAAAGUUUCCUGGGGAGACAAACCUCCUUUCAAAUGCGAUGAUGAACAUUUAACUGAGUAUAAAAUCUAUGCUGAAGUUGUUCAUGGUGGGGCAAAGUGUAAAUUUGUCUUGUGGGAUCGAGAGAGCGAACAAUCGUUAGAAGUUUCUGCUGCUCAGAUGCGUGACUCAAUGAUUGAGGGAGACAUAACUGGUCCUCUUGAAUAUCCAUUGGCAGUGGACAAAUUGCUGGGAAAAGAAGUAGCUUAUAAACUAAAAUGGCAGCCUAUGUGGGAUAGUUGUUCAGCCAUUUCCAUUUUUGAGGACAUAGAUGUCAUCAAACAACUCAAGGAAACAUGUGGAGAGGAUGGCAUACAAGUUUGUAACCCCCCACCCACGCCAAUACUUCAGAUAAAAGAAAGUGUUGACAAGGCUCAUGUCACUGAUGAUUCCGAAGUUAUAACCGAAAUUGAAAUUACUUCGAAACUCAACUCAGAUCCAAUUACGCCAACAACAAAGAGAUCGAAUCCUGAUUGGUCAAGUGAAUCAACCACCACUUUCAACUUGGCUGAUGGAGAACUGUCCUCUAACAAGCUUAACAAGUUGAUCAAGAUCGAAAAAUAA